CCAAGAACAAGAACCAUGACAACCAACAACACAGCAAACUUAAAGACAUCCAAGCUAUCAUCUGUACUAGAACUGUGGGUCCUGCUCCGAAAGCAUUCAAAGUGACAUCAGUAUUACCUUAGAAAAGGGUAUCAACAGUCUUACUGCAGACCGUGCCUUAUCAUGAGACAGCAAAGAGCCCUUCCACCAGCAGAGGACACUGCUGCCCCGGCUUUGAUGCCAGCAUCGGCUGGCAGCAGCAGUGAAUUCGAUGCCACUACAAUAACCGAGGCUGAGAAUCAUCAACAUCAGAAUGCCGCUCUGAGCAUCAUGGAGAGCAGUCCCUGGUGGAUCCAAGAAUUGGCCGACGUGGAUCCCUUUGAAAAUCAAAUGCCCUCCAUGUUUCCCUAUCAUAUAUCUUCUGGUUUUAGUGACGCCGGACUCGUACGACGGCUCAGUGGUUCUACCAUGACCAGCAACACCGUUUCCAUUCGAUCAUCAUCCUCCGAUACUACUACUAAUACUACUUCACCCCAGCUGCGACUGAUGCAAAUCUUGGAGCAACAUCACAUGACAACAUGGCUGGAACAAAUGCACACUCGAUACUUGAAAGACGCACGACGCAUCUGUCGAACAACUCGCCAUUUGGCCAAUCCAAAAGAACAACAAGGAUCCCAACAACAAAAUAAUAAAGAGGAUCUCGAGGACACCCUGUGUCAGCUAGAGACCAAUCUCAGCAUGCUGCAACGACUAUCAGUCGGCGGUGGUGGUAUGGAUGUCCAAGAGACCAUGGCCACUAUUCACGGCGAAAUUGCCGAGGUGGCCCUCCGCAUGCACAACCCGGAACGGGCACGACAAGCCCUCACCGCACAGUUGCAAUCAAACUCAACCGAUCCCGUGCGAAUCGCCCAUGCCAGGACAACGUUGGGAGAUUUGGAAAAUGAUGAGGGUCACUACGAUGCGGCACUCCAAUUGUGCCAGCAAGCGCAGGAUACGUACCAACACUGGUAUGGACAGGACAACAUUGUCGUGGGUCGUCAGUGGGUGCGUCGGGGGCGUACCUGCCUCAAUAUGGCAAACACAAGUACGUGCCAAUCCAACCGUAAAAAGACACAGCAACAAGAAUUGGCACAACAAGCCUUGGAUUGCUUGCAACAAGGAUUGGAUAUCCUCAAAGCUAGUAGUAAUCUGGGGCCAGAUGCUUCCGAGGUGGGAGAUGUGUUGUAUCUCAUGGGACAUGCGCAGCUGGCAAUAGGGAGUAAUCACGCGGCAUUGGAACGGCUUUGGGAGUGUUUAAAAGUUUGCAAGCAACAAGAACGACAGCAACAACAACAGCAACAACAAUCAUCUCCAUUUCAACCUAACAACGACAACAACAAACUUGCCAAGCUUGAGGUUUUGAAAACGUUGCGAGCCAUUGCCAUGGUGCACCACCGGAAUGGAGCAGAAGAACUAGCAACGAGAUGCUACGAUGACUGUGAACGACUGGGAAAAGAAAUAAAGGACGCUGAUGGACAAGCCGAACUAGCCAGAACGUGGCUCUUUCGAGGGCACCUACACACGCGGAUCUGUCAAAAGGACCAACGAGAAUGCGCUCGGGGCAUGUACCAAGAUGCUCUUUCCGUAGCAGUAUCGCUCCAAGAUCUCACACUACUGGGAGAAACACUCGUAGCCAUGGGGGACUAUUGCUGUCUUGUUGGAGAGGAAGAGCAGGCCAUGUCCUACUACCAACAAGUUCCUUCCGCUUGCCAGCAAUACCGGUAUGUUUCCUUGAUUCGAGGCAUCCUUCACUUACGACGUGCUGAAACCACGUCGGCGAUAGCCUGUUUGGAGGAAUUCACACUGCUUCAAGGAGCGGAAGACGAAACUUGCAUGGUAGCCACACUGUCCAUGGGAGUUUGUCAUGCUGCAGAAGGCGACAAAGACCAAGCGAAACGGCGUUACAAGGAGGCUCUCGCCCUCUACAGUACCGGGCAUUUGUUUUCCAAUGAUCCCACAUCAAAAGAGAUUCUCCAACGUUUCAAAGCAAGAGUCAGUAAGCGAGGUAGCAUUGGGAAAGUGUUUGGGCGUAUCAAGAAGGCAGUUCGAAUGAACUCCAUCGAGGAAUAGUAAUGCACAAAUAGACCCUCCUUUGUAGUUUAUUUUUCUGUCCACAAGCGGUGCUUGAUACCUGAAACUCCGUUCCUGUAUUCGCUCGGAACUUCUCACAGCGCACAGGCUCUACCAUGCUUUGCUGGGCAGCUUACGAAGAGCCCAAGGAAGGAGAAACAUAAGUAGACUAGAACACUCAAAUGACGCAAAUGAUGGUGUCUGUGCACCUGCUAAUUGUCCCCAUUAUUAGAAAGAGGGGUUAGCUUGAGCUGAAUGUCUUUGUCCGGAGCCAUUAAGGUGUCAGCAACAAUUGUCACAGGUGAUUGGGGGCCAGUUCAAAUUCAAAUGUCUGGAGCAGCUUGAUCAAAAUAGCAUAGGACAGGAUUUCACUAUAUAAUCUUCCAGGACAGGUCCGGACACCAUGGCCAAAUGGGAGAAAUGAAAAACCCUUGGUCAAUGGGCCAAUGCACUGCCACUUUUGCUCCUUGCUGGUUGUAGUGUUUUCAUCUGCGGGGACAAGGUAACGGCGGUAAGAAAACACUUGUGGUGGUGCAUUGUCAGGACCAGUUGGCACCCCUUCUGCAGGGGACUUCUGCUGGAGCAUGAUGUGUCUUAGAAAAAUCAAGACUCUAGAACCCUUGGGCAAUGUCGUACCGCAGAAGGGUAUGUCUUUGGCUGGCUGGAGUCCCAUAAUCGGAGUACAAUAAUAUCUAUGGAUCUCAUGGAGAAAGGAC